AUGACCUACACCGACGACGCCUUCGUUUCGCCUCACAAAGCUUCGCGCUCGCUGCGAUCCAUCGACGUACAGCUGCAUACACAGUCCAACAUGACGCCGCCGCCAAACUUCGGCUCGCACGCGUACCACAAGUCGCCCUUUGCAUCCUGGAUGGAUCACAUCCCCUCGGCUCCUGCCACGGCUUCGAGAGCUCAGCCGGGCGCCAUCCCGCGCUCCCAUGCCUUUGCUGCGCUUGCGCCCCUCUCCAAACUCUCGCCGACCGAAGAGUGCCAUCCCAUCGAUAUCGAUCCCAGCGAUCACGACGAGCUUGCGCCCUUUGCAAGCAUCAAGAGGACCAUCCCUCUCCAGCAUCUCCCUUCCUUCGCCGAUCACAACUCGCAAUCUCAUGCGGCCGACCAGGACAGAUGGCAUCAUCGGGGCGUCAGCAACGGCUCUGGCUCCGAUGUCAGUGCCGCUUCCGCUUCCGCCGGCAUCGAGCUCCAUGCGGUCCCGGGCCCCUCGUCGCAGCCCAUGCUUCGCGGAGGAUCGCGCUCUCUCUUUGGCUCCUCCGACUCCCACCGCAGAAGUGAUGGCGCAGACAUGGACGUCGACAUGGACAUCGACUCGGACGCCGACGAUGCUCACGCUCACGCCCCCGCUUCGCCCUCGCCCAUGUGCGAUCAACCGCUGCUCAACGACUCGGCGACCAGCUUCAGCAUCGAUCUCGGCGAGCCCAUGCUGCAACCGGGAACACGGCCCACGCAUCGACUCGCCCGCAAGCACUCGUCCACCACCACCACCCACACCUUGACCAGCACCUCGGCUGGUGCAAUCCACGCCUCCUCCUCCCAGCGCCUUCGUCCACCACGCUCUCGCAUCCCUUCGGCAACCAGUCCACCCCUCUCAGGCCUCCCGUCACCGCGUCUCACCACCCCCGCACGACAACGCUCCUCCACAGCCGCAGGCAUGGAACUCGACGAUCCCAUGCACUCGGCCAUCAUGGCGACCCACCCACGCGCUCCUCAUCGCGCCCGUGCUUCGUCCACCGCCGCCCUCCACCGUCCUCUCUCCGAGUUCCUCACCCCGCGCAGCGCAAGCGCAUCCGCCGGUCUCGCAGACAAGCUGCCGGGCGUGGCCAAUCUCUUCGAGUUCGCCACGCAACCGCGCCCCGUCAUCCGUGCCACCGACCGCGAUGCAGAAACAACGCCGCUCCGCGACCAGAGGCGAAGACCAGCCAACCUCUCCAUGAGCUCCUUCCCCACAGCCAAGCUCUUCGAAGACGAGAUCGAGGCGGUCAAGUCGUCCACGGGCAGAGACACUUUGGAUAGCAUGCCUGCCGACCUCGACACGGAGCGCCUCGAUCUUGUCUCGACUCCGGCGCGCCGCCAGAGUGCGCACUCCCGAGGUUUUGGCAGCGACGUCUCGGCACAAUUCCUGCAGACGCCACAGUCGGCUACGCCGCUCCGUCUCUUUGGCGGUGUCCACGCCAGUGGUGCCGCCGACGACAGUGGUGUCGCAUUCGCCGAUAACGAUGCCAGCAUCAAGAGCAACCGCAAGAGGAUGGGUUCCACCCUCGCACCCAUCAAGGACUCGCCCGCACCGUCGCCAUCGCUUCUGAGCAACAUGCUCGAAGGUCUCUCGUCGCCCUCGCAGGACGCGCUCCGUCGUCACGAAGCCGCCUUCCGUCGCGACUCGCCGGCAGCGCGCGCCUCGGCCCAAACCGGCCUGCACGCCUUCGGUCCCAAGGAGAGAUCCUCGCUCAUGCACGAGACUCGCUUCUCCACGCCCAGCGAGGGCGAUUCGGCCAACUCGUCUCCCGAUCCCAUCCCGCGCGUCCGCUCCCGAACGAGCACCAGCACUGCGAGCCCCGCCCGACGCCUCCACGAAAGAAGGUUCACUUCAGAGGCCGGUGAUACAGCCUCGACGCAGUAUCUCACACCGCAGAACUUCAAGAGCGUCAAACCUCUUCAGGCGGCCUUCAUGUCUACCGGUCUCGUUUCGAAGCGCAAUCGUGCGCGCGAGAACUCCGAGGGAGCAGAUGCCUCGUCCGACUCGUUUCAGUUCCCACCCAAGCCGCCCAACUUUGGUCAUGCGCUCGGCCUGCGCGAAGUGGUUGCCGCAGCAUCCGCCCACGCCACGGUGGACCGCACCACCAAUGCCAUGCCCGACACGCCUGUCAAGAAAGCCACCUCAACGCCGCUGGUACCCUUCCCCAAAUUCGCGUCAGCUCUGCGCGGCCAGAUCAACGUCAACACCGCCACGCUUGGGCCAUCGCCUUUGGGGGCGGCUUCACCUGCAAAAGAGUUCUCUCCGGGCGGCUCCGGCACAGGCUCCCCCGUCAUCACAGACUCAUGCGACAGCCCUACGCUCAGCCUCAUGCAACUUGGUCUACCGAACGCUAGCACUCCCGCCACGCUUUCCGGCCGUCAUGGCCUCGCCUAUGCUGGCCUGCCUCGCAGCCGCCGUUCUGCCCACAGUGCGCAAGGCUCGCAGACCCUGUCUCAGGACGAAACCACCGAGGAUGAAGGUGGCCUCUCGGACGUUUCUCACAGUCCGAGUGUCCAAACCGGGCGCAUCCGAGAUGUGCAUAGGCUGCAGAAGGGCAAGCGCACCAUCCCCACGCCCUCUCCGGGUGGCGCUCACGCCCCGACGCGCAAGAUGCUCUCGGUUGACACGGUCAAAGCGGCUGGGGCGCCCAAGACGCUGCGCGUCCGCUCCGCUGGUCUGGGCAAACGCACCAUGAGCCGCAACGCGAGCUUCGCCCGAGACGCCAAGAACAGCGCCGACGGCGUCACCGAGCUGGACGCAGGAGGACUGCCUCCCUCGACACCACUGACGUCGCAUGCCACGUUGACGCCCGGCGAGGGCGACGCAGCGCCCAUGACGCCGACGCGCAAUGCGGCGCAGAUCAAAUGGUUCGAGGCGGCACAGGUGCUCACCACGCCCUCGCCAUCUUCGCGUCGCCAGGCUGCCCACAAGCUGCGUGCGCAUCGGCUGGAGCUGAUGCAGACGCGGCGCAAGUCGCGCCUCUCGGAAACGUCGACGUGCCAAGACACACCGCAGAAGGCAACGCCCGGAGGUUCUGCGCUGGUGCUCGGAUCCAACGAAUCGUCACGAGCGCACGAGCACAGUAUCCUCGAGUCGGCAUUCAACGUCGAGGAGACGAUCGGAUCGGGCGAGUUCAGCGAGGUGCUCAAAGCGGUCUCGAGGUCGACCGGCUAUGCGUACGCGGUGAAGCGCAUGAAGAGGUCGUACCUCGGACCGCGCGACCGAUUGCGCCGGCUCGAAGAGGUCGACGUUCUGCGAACGCUGUCGACGUCGGGCAAGCCGCAUGCCAACAUUGUUUCGCUCUUUGCCGCGUGGGAGGAGGAGGGACACCUGCAUCUGCAGCUCGAGCUGUGCCCACUGGGCUCGCUGGCGUUCUUCCUGGAAGAGUACGGGCAGCAGGUGGGCGCGCUGGACGAGCCCCGGCUGUGGAAGAUGCUCGCCGAGCUGUCGAGCGGCGUGUCGUACAUCCACGCGCACAACAUCCUGCAUCUGGACCUGAAGCCCGCCAACGUGCUGAUCACGGAGCACGGCACGCUCAAGAUCGGCGACUUUGGCAUGGCGACGCGCUGGCCGCUCGUGGAUGCCGAGACGACGCUGCGAGGCGCCGGGCUGGACGCGGAGCUGCGACAGAACGCGCUGGAGCAGGUGGCCGAGCCGUGGCCGGCGCAGCGCGGGCUGGAGCGCGAGGGCGACCGCUACGGCAAGGCGGCCGACGUGUUCAGCCUGGGGCUGAUUGUGCUCGAGGCGGCGGGCAACGUGGAGCUUCCGGACAACGGCGAGCCGUGGCAGAAGCUGCGCCGGGACGACUUUUCGGACGUGGAUCUGUCGGCGCUGAGCGGGCCGCUGCUGCGGGUGCUGACGCGGCUGCUGUGCUCGGAUCCGGAGCAACGGGCGACGGUGGACGAGAUCAGCGCGCUGCCGACGGUGGCGUGCGUGCGAUCGAUCAUGUCGCGCGGGCUGUCUGCGAGCGAGAUGGACCAGCUGCCCGAGUUUACGGAGUCGUCGACGUCGGGCUCGCUGUCGGGGCUGGCGGAAAGCGUGUCGGGGCACUCGAUCCCCAGCGAGCUCUCUACGCGCACGCUGGGACUGAGCGACUCGGAGACGGGCUCGAGCGCGACGGAUGUGCUAUCCGAGACCGACUCUGCGCUGGGGCUGUGCGGUCUGUCGUCGUCGAUGUCGGCGCAGACGUCGAUCUCGGCAUCGACGAGCACGUGCGCGGUGCUUCGCGUGCGCGGCGCACUGAUCCAGGAGCCGGAGGAGGAGUUCAUGCGCGAGGUGCUCGCUGCCGACGUGGACGAGGCCAGGCAAAUUGUCAAGGGAAGCGAUACGGCGCGGUGGGCGGCCGAGAGACCGGUGCUGAUGCCGUUGCAGGAGGUGCAGCACUAUAGCAGACACGCAGCCGGGAUGGAGCUGGAUGCAUGA